ACUUUGUGUUCAGUGUUUGUGUCUUUGACAGGAAGUUGACUCGGGGCGCUGCAGGCUAUGUCAAACGUAUGCGAGGCAUCAAAAGGAGAAGUGAAAGUUACAAAUUACAUGUGACAUCACGUAACUUUUUUUUGGGAGGUCAUCACAUCAGGUCUAAAGCUGCAUUUGGCUUGAGAAACAGCGUGGAAGAAGAAAAUCCAGCCGUGAUAGCCACACGUGGUGCCGAACGUGUACCGUAGCUCAGAUCGAGUCAAGUGUCUCGUGUCAGCGUCCGGCCAUGCGAUGACAUUCGAAUUGGCGCCAAGAUGAGUGAUGAGCCGCUGUUGGAAGAGAAGCUGAUCAAGCGAUCGCAGCAGAAGAGGAGGAUGUCUCCACUCAACUACAAGGAGAGGCUGUUUGUCCUGACUAAGAACAGCCUCAGCUACUACGACGGCAGGGCGGAGAAAAAGUUCCAGAGAGGCUCCAUCGAGCUGAGUCGCAUCCGAUGCGUGGAGGUGGUCAAGGAUGAGGGUGUGCUCAACCCCUGCCAGAACAAAUAUCCUUUCCAGGUGGUGCACAACACUAACACGCUCUAUGUGUUCACGCCAAGCCACAACAGCCGGAGUGCCUGGGUCCAGCGAAUGAAAGAAGAGAUCCGAGACAACCGGGAGAUCCUGACCAAGUUCCACCCGCAGUUCUGGUGGGAGGGCGAGUGGCUGUGCUGCCGUCAGGAGGAGAAGCAGGCCCCGGGCUGUGAGGAGUAUAACCCGUUUGGAGAUGCUUCCAGGAAACCGCUGCCCCCGAUUCCCGCUGAGGACGGCACAUAUGGGAGGCACCUGCAACCGCUCCUUCCCGAGGCUUGCGACUAUGAUGAGGAGACCGUGGUGGCGCUAUAUGACUUUGAGGGCAGCGAGCCGCACGACCUCAGUCUUGUCAAAGGAGGCGAAUACGUCAUCGUGGAGCGUUGCGAUGUCAACUGGUACAAAGCGCGCAACCAGGACGGGGAGGAAGGCUACAUCCCGAGUAACUACGUCGCUGAGAAAGAAUCCGGGAACCUGGCGCAGUUUGCCUGGUACAGCAAGCAUGUCAACAGGAACAAGGCUGAAGAGCUCCUGCGGAAAGAGGACAAAGAGGGCACCUUCAUUGUCAGAGAGUCCAGCACCAGGGGAACCUACACGGUGUCGCUCUACAGCAAGUCCAUGGCAGGGAAUGGAGGCGGCGGUAUUAAACAUUACCGCAUCAGGGAGACCAAAGGCUCGCCCAAACAGUUUUACCUGGCGGGGAAGCACGUGUUCCAAUCCAUCGCUGAACUCAUCACGUACCAUCAACACAACGCGGCAGGCCUGGUCACCAGAUUGAGAUAUCCUGUCGGGAAACAGGACAGGUCCGCUCCAUCCACAGCUGGCUUCAGCUACGAGAAGUGGGAGAUCAACCCCAGCGACUUGACCUUCAUGAAAGAGGUUGGCAGCGGUCAGGCCGGGGUGGUGCGGCUCGGCAUGUGGAGGGCACAGCACAAAGUUGCCAUCAAAGCCAUCAAACAGGGCGCCAUGUUUGAAGAGGACUUCAUCGAGGAGGCCAAGGUCAUGAUGAAGUUGUCCCAUCCCAAGCUCGUGCAGCUGUACGGCGUGUGCAGCCAGCAGCGGCCCAUCUACAUCGUCACCGAGUUCAUGGAGCACGGCUGCCUGCUGGACUUCCUGCGGAGUCGGCGGGGCUGCAUGGGCGCCGCCUCGCUACUGAGCGUCUGCCUGGACGUUUGCGAGGGCAUGCAGUACUUGGAGAGUAGCAGCUUCAUUCACAGAGAUCUGGGGGCCAGGAACUGCCUGGUGAAUGACGCCCUGGUUGUCAAGGUGUCUGACUUCGGCAUGGCCAGGUACAUUUUGGAUGACCAGUACACCUCGUCGUUGGGGUCCAAGUUCCCCGUGAAGUGGUCGCCUCCAGAAGUCUUCAACUUCUGCAAAUACAGCAGCAAGUCGGACAUCUGGUCCUAUGGGGUGCUGAUGUGGGAGGCAUUCACCGAAGGCCGCAUGCCAUUUGAGCACAGUGACAACCACGAGGUUGUUACCUUGGUAACAGAAGGUCACCGCCUCUACAGGCCCAAGCUUGCCACCGAGGCCAUCUAUGACAUCAUGCAGAUGUGCUGGCAGGAGAGACCUGAGGACCGUCCGUCCUUCUCCCAACUGUGCCUCAUGAUCUCUGAUGUCCUGGAGGGCGAUGGCACACUCGCCAACUGACAGGUGUCAUUCUACACGCCUCACAAAGAAGACUGUUCCUUUAAAACACUUAGCAAACUAGAUGACCGCUGUACUCCUUAGCCACAUCUAGCCAGCAAUCAACACGACGUUUUUGAAAACACCGGCAACUUGAGACACAAGUGACCUGACGUUUUUCUUGGUACUGUCAUUUGGAUGAUUUUUUUUUUUUUUUUUGUCUUCAUCCAUCCAUCCGUUUUCCGAUCCGAUUAUCCUCACAAGGGUCGCGGGGA